AAAACAAACACUCAAUUCCCACGCAAAUAAACAAAGUACAUGAAAAUAAACAAAAUACCCGAACAAUUUUCACAUUUCACAACAAUGUCAUGUGCCACAAGUGCUGAACCACGAUUGCCUCGUGUUGUCGGAGUGAUCAAUGUGCUGUGAGUGUUUUUAUAAAAUUUUUUUAUCUAAAAAAUACGAGUGAAAUUCCAGAGUGGAGAAUGAACUAUAUAGGCCCGAGCCCAGUAAUUUCGAUGAGUUGUGAAGAGAUUUUAGCGAGUGUUAAUCAAGUGUUCGCGAUGACGUGAUAAUGAGGCGAUUGAGAGGCGAAGGAUUCGAGGAUUCACCAGUUCUAGAUGGACGAUUGACCCCGAGGCACGUCAAUCCACUAUCGAGAGUAGAGAUCAUCAACAUCCCGAUGCAUCACGCAGCAAACAAGAGUGUCUAGAAAAAAAAAACGAGUCAUCAAUUUUCCAAUCGCAAAUUUCAUAAAUAACGGUUGAGAAGUAAAUGGGAACGAUAGAAUCAUCUCCGUCGUGACGACAAAUAACUCGAAAACAGGAGCGAUUACGUCAAAUCGUAAAUCUUGGUGGCAAACUUGGAGAUCUUGGAAUUAAAUCAUUUGGUGCGAGACAAAUUGCGGUAUCACUUGGUGAGAGGCUGUGGUGUGGAGAACUUCAUGAGUUUCUGGGUAAUUCGUCGAUCAAGAUGAUUAAUCAGCAGAGGGUCAUCAGUUCGGGUGAGACCAAUGGACAAUUUCAUCAUACUCCGGUGUCUGCUAAACCAUCCGUGGUUUCUGUGUCCAGUAUUGACUCGGAUGUCAGUGAUCGGAGGGAUGUCAGGGAGGCACUUUACUCGGGAAUAUUCAGGAGACACAGAAAAACCAUUUUGGUACUCGGCAGUUUCCUCAAGAUGUUAAGGAAAAAUUUGAACAAAGUGCAAGCACUGAGUCGAAUACUGGCCAUGAUCGUAAUGAGAUUCGACCAUAAUGCAAUGUCCCAACCAUUCUAUUAAGACACUGGACGGAUUUGAUGUGAUUUCAAAGACACUUCACUGAAAGUAACGAUACAAAUGCCUAUGAUAACACCAACUUUAAUAUUUCGACUUAAACUUCUCAAAUUCAUUCGAAAAUUCAAUCGAUGGAAAAUAUACUCGUCACAGGAUCAAACGCAAUGCCUUAUCUGUUUGUCGUAAAAAUUCGCGAGGAAUAUCGAAAUAAUUCCCAUAUACCCUAAAAAAAUUAAUAAUACGUGUAAAAAAAAAAAGGAAAAUCGCAUUUUAUAGAUUUUUAAAUAUAAAUUCGGUCCAUUCCACAUAUUUUGAGACAUAUUUUUCACAUCCCAGAUUUUUUCGUAUAAGAAAUUGUUAAUUAAUUGUGUUAUUUACAAAAUUAAUUGAAUUUUUUAAUUAGAUGUUGUAAUAAAAAUUAUUUUAAAUCUUCAUUCCAUUUUUAUGAAUGUGUCUCCUCAACUGCCAGUAGUUAAACAUUAAUUGUGAUAAUUUAGCGUUCGCCAAUGUCACAUUAUUCCAAAUAACUCGCGGAAAUGCAGUAAAAUAUUAUAAAUAAAACGAGCAAGAGUGAACGUAUGAAACAUAUUUUCAUUGCGCCUUUUUUAUUCACUUGUAAAAUCAUUAUUAAAAAUGUAAUCGACCAUCUUUUGUAAUAAAAAUACUUUAGAUAUU